AUGUACAUCACACCGGAUUCAGAUAUUAAUCCACAAAAAGUUGAAAACAAUAGAAAUAGUGAUGCCAUGAAACCCACAGAUGGCUCAAAACCUAGUCAUAUGAAGAGUAUUUCCAACAACGUACCUACACAGACCUCAACAGCAGCGACUCAUGCUGGAAGUUUAGGCAAUAAUAUUUUUUGCCUGGGAGGUGCAAGUGAAAAUACGAGAAACGAUCCAUCGCUAUUUGGGAAUAUUGAUCUAUCGCUAUUACAGUCGUCUGUUGUUGCGGAUAUGGGAUAUUCACAUGAAGCUGCGAUAAGCGAUAGUUCAAGAUCUGUAAAAUCUAAAGAUGGCAGUAAAAGCUCAAAGGAAAAAAAUAAAAGUACAGAAGAGCUAAAUAACGGUAAUAAUGAACAUAGAGAAGAAGAGCAUGAUGGUGUAGGAAAUGGAUAUCAUAUGAGUAAUCAGGAUAAUUCACAUUAUCAUAGUCACAAUCCUCAUAGUUCUCAUAACUCAACUCAAAACACCCAUGGCCAAGGAACAACUAAUGUCAACCAUAUUCGUCAAGUAAAUGAGGUUGUUCCACGUGUAUGGGUGAUUUCUAACUUUCUUAUUCCAGUCACACAACAAAUAGCGACAGAGGCGCUAAAAAAGGGUGAUAUUUUAGUGUUAGGGUGCAGCCCCGGCGGAAUGACAGAGCAGGAAGUUUUGCGCAAGGCUGAGACUUUAAGGCAGCGAUAUCCUGAUCGAUGCCUGGUAGUGGAGCUGGACAUUCGAAACCAGGCCUUGUGUUCAAGUACAGUUGCCCAAGCUGUUCACCAUUUUGGUCGGAUCGACAUUCUGGUAAAUGCAACGAGCCGAGCAUAUGUUGGGGCUUUGGAAGAAGUAGAAGAGUGGCAUUUCCGAAACCAAAUGGAUAUUACGUUUUAUGGUGCCGUGAAUAUGAUCCAAGCGGUGCUUCCUCUGAUGCGGAAACAGUUUUACGGGCAUAUAAUCAAUAUUGCUGACGUUAACGGAAACAUUGGAACGCCAGCACUCUCACUAAUGGCAGCGGCCAUGCAUGCGCUAGAGGGAUAUUCUGAGGCACUAGCGUUUGAAGUUGCGCCUUUUAAUAUCAAAGUGACAAUUGUGGAGUCGCCUAUGGAGGUUAAUCUAUUUACAACGCCGAUGGUGUUUGCGCCGUCUUUACCUCAGUAUGGACCCGACACUACGGUGGGGAAAGUACGCAGAGUCCUUGGGGAGGCCAAUGUGUUUCCAACGCAGGCGUUCAAGCACACGGUACACACGGUAGUAUCGAUAGGAGGGCUGGAUAAUCCUCCAGGACGUAUUAUUGUAGGGAAGGAUGCUAUUCAUCAGAUCAAGGAUAAACUAGCGAUGUUAAGUGAUGAUUUAGAGGAGUUUCAGAAUGUAAGCUACUCUGCUGAUUUUGCCAAGUAUGAUUUGGGGUUGUAG